AUGACGGCAAUUAAGAAUAAAGAUAAUAAAAAUGAACAAAAUGAGAGUGAGCACCAGCAGGCCGGAGCUAAACGACCAGAUCUACCGACCUACAGGGCCGAGGAAGUCAGUCAACAUAAUAAUGAGAGGAGUUUCUGGGUGACAUACAAGCAAGGAGUGUAUGAUGUAACGUCAUUCCUGCCGUCUCACCCCGGCGGUGAACAAAUAUACAAUGCGGCCGGCCUCAGUGUAGAGCCAUUCUGGAAUGUGUAUGGCAUGCACAAGACUAAGGAGAUCUAUGAACUACUAGAGAGCUACAGGAUAGGUAAUCUUCACGAGGACGACCUAGUGGAUCACUCAGACGAAGAGAUGUGGGCCAAGGAACCGUUCAGAGACAGGAGACUGUGUGUGAAGACAGCCAGACCGUUCAACGCUGAAACGCCGCCCGCUGAACAAGCUGAGGGUGACGGUGGAGGGAGAGGCGCAGGGUGGGGGGAGGGGGCGGCUGAUAGAACUGUCCUUAGAGGAACUGAACAGGUUCCCGAGGAGGGAGGUGCGGGCGGCGCUCAUGUGUGCCGGAAACAGGAGGUCGGAGAUGAACGAGUGAAGCCGGUGAAGGGUCUGUCGUGGCGGACCGGCGCCAUCGGGAACGCGGUGUGGGGCGGCGUGCUACUGAGAGACGUGCUGCUGGCGGCCGGCGUGAACCAAGAGGACACGGACGGGAAACACGUCACGCUGAUGGGUGCGGACAUGGACGCGACUGGUACCUACUUCAGUACGUCCAUCCCUCUCUCUCACGCCCUGGACGAGCGAGCCCGCGUGUUACUGGCCACGUCCAUGAACGGCGCGCCUCUCACCAAGGACCACGGACACCCGCUGAGGGUCGUGGUCCCCGGGGCGCCCGCCGUCAGGAGCGUCAAGUGGCUGCAGUGUAUCAAGGUGUCGUCGGAGGAGAGUCCGUCCCACUGGCACCAGCGUGACUACCGCUCGUUCGGUCCGAGCGUGUCGUGGGAGACGGCUGACUUCCCGUCCGCUCCGCCCGUAUACAGCCUGCCCGUCACCUCGGCCGUGUGCUCGCCCGAGGACGGCGACACAGUGCGCCCACAUAAGGGAGCGCUGCACGUGCAAGGGUACGCGUACUCGGGCGGCGGGGCUAAGAUCGUGCGCGUGGAGGUGAGCACGGACCGCGGCGCCACGUGGCGCGAGGCGAGGCUGAGGAGUGAUAGCGCUCCGCCCAGGGAACACUACUCAUGGACACUGUGGGAUGUAGACCUGCCGGCCAGCGGACCACAGAUGGAGAUAUGGGUGAAAGCCACCGAUAGCAACUUCAACUCUCAACCGGAGAACUUCAGAGACAUCUGGAACAUCCGUGGAAUCCUCAGUAACGCGUAUCAUAAAAUAAAAGUUAACGUACAACAAUGA